AUGUCAACUCAUCGUGGCCGCCGACCACCCACUAUACAAGAGGAGCCUCUAGGUGGAGGCGACCCUAGUAGUGAUAGUAGUAGAGGAGUCAGCUAUGCAGCCAACGAGAAAAUACCCCGAGACCUUCAAACAGCGAGGGAGGCGUAUGCUUUGGGAGAUUCCGAACUGUCUCGUCUUGCCCAUCAAACCAGAGAGUUGGCUGAAAUAGCCUCUGGGGAAACGAGUCAAUUGGUUAGCGUAGGAGACGAUGAUGUUAUUAAAGCACAAGCAUUAUCGGGCCUCAUCGGAGGUAGUUUGGCUACGUCUCUGUUGGUGUCGGCUUUCGGAGGGUUUACGGUUGGAAUUGCGCGGAAUACGGUAUUAAUGUUAUUCAUAUUAUCGCUGAUUUGCGCAGCUGUAGUAGCUAGUAAUCAGCUGUGGAUAAAGGAGAAGGCGGGCCUUGAAUAUUCUGAUUAUGAACGAGCCAGAGAGUUAUGGGAAGUUGAUAAUUUUCCUGAGGGGGAAGUGCAAGAGAUGAUUUAUAUUUACCGUAACGCUGGGCUUUCCAAUGAGGACUCCAAAACGGUCGCGCAUAUCUUAUCAAAGCUUGAUCAGCAGACGAAAUUGAGGACUGCCAGGUACUGCACGGCUCUGGCAUCAUUUGUGAUCCUGGCGGGUUUUCUCCCAUGCGUUCUUAUUAUUCGCGGCUAUAACGCACUAGUGAUAUGGCUGUUUAGCGAGGCUCAAAUGAUCGGCGCGCUGAUGACUAGGAGUCGUAAUAGAGUGGAAAAAGGGCAAAUGCAGAAAACUCAGCGAGCAGAUGUGUCGAAGGAUAACCUCCAUAGAGCAUUUCGACGAUUUGGUGAUAUAAGGGAAGUUUAUGUUCCCACGGAUCCGGCAACAGGCCAGGGAAGAGGGUUCGGUUUUGUGGAAUAUCAACGACAAGACUCAGCGGAGCAAGCGAUGUUGGAGAUGAAUAAUAAGCAGUUCGAAAGCUCCGUCAUCCAGUUGGUUUUUGUGGAGCCCAAGGAUCAACAUGACCGGUACAAGGAAGAGAAGCUGAAAGGGAACGCAUUCGCGGAUCAGUUCAUAGCCAACAACCUGGUCAAGGCAACCAGCAAGGCACAUAUCAACAACAGCCGCCACCUCCCCCUCCCCCUAGUGAUUUUCGAACCGCUAGACCCGGACGACUUAGCCGCUGCGCAGAUGCGACAGUAUCUGUCAGCGAUCGUGAGGCUGGAUGUUAUCGCGCUCGCCCCGAGGCCCUCUGGGACGGCAGUACACGCAGCUGCAGUAGAAGGAAGCUUGGCUGAGUUGGCGCAGCUGAUGAAGGCAUGUGUGAAAGCCGACGUUGAUAUAAGGCUCAUUUUGCAAGAGGCUCAUGGGCGUAUCUUGAGGUUGACCGAGGAGUUUACUCAAAUGUACGCGGAGUAG